AUGUUGAAGGUGUUGGGGGUGGUCGCCUUGGUUUUGGUGGCAUUGGCGAAUUCGCACGACCAUCAUCAUCACGAAGAAAGUGUGUUAAAUGGUGAGUUUUGAGUUUUUUCGCGAAUUUGAAAAAAAGCAGAUGUUUUUAACGAGGUUUUUUUAGAGUUUAUGAGUCAUCGACAUGACGAAACUUGGUCGAUUCAUAAUUUGAGAAAUGUGAAAUUGAGCAAGACAAUGGUUUAUGGAUGUUCGAGUUUGGCAGUUUUGGUGAUCUCAAUUCUUCCAGCUGUUUUGCUGUGUUUCAUACCGGUUGGCAAUUCGGAAUCGCAACUUUUGAAAGUUUUAUUGGCUUUUGGUGCUGGUGGAUUGUUAGGAGAUGCGAUUCUACACAUAAUUCCUCAUGCGAUGAUUGGGCAUAGUCAUGAUCAUUCAGAAGACGAACACGAUCAUUCUCAUAAUCACGAUCACGCGCAUUCUCACGACCAUAGCAAAGAAAUUCGAAUUGGUCUCUUUGUCCUUGCUGGAAUUCUCGUUUUCAUGAUUUUUGAACAAAUCACUCGAACAUUCCGCGGAUCACACAAUCAUCAUCCACACCACUGUCAUCACCACGAAUUGGCUCAAGUUGCACCAAUUCCAGAUAAUGAAGAAGAGGAGAGAGAGAAGCAUGAGCAUAAUCAUAAACAUUCUACAAAAACAUCUGCUUAUCUUAAUUUGGUAGCGGAUUUUUUGCAUAAUAUUACUGAUGGUUUGGCAAUCGGUGCUUCGUUUUCAAUCAAUCUUUAUAUGGGAAUCUUGACGACUUUUACUGUGUUGAUUCAUGAAUUGCCACAUGAAAUUGGUGAUUUUGCGAUUUUGGUGCAAGCUGGAUUCAGUAAGGGAAAGGUAAUAAAUAAUUCUUAUGAUAAAUAUUGAUACAAAUUUUUUUCCAGGCAAUCCGACUUCAAUUUCUGACCGCAUUUGGUGCUUUAACUGGAAGUUGGAUCGCUGUUUGGAUGUCUCAAAGUUCAACUUUCAAGGAUGCCGCUGAAAAUCAUUGGAUCAUGCCCUUCACAGGUAUUUUCUUGAUGAAAUAAAAUAGAAAAUGAGAAAAAUCGGUUUUUUCCUGCUUUUAAAAUGCAUUUUCAGUAUCAGUUCACGUUGGAAAAUUAGGCUAAAAAUAGUUGUUUAAAUUUUUCUGAAAAAAAUACUUUUAAUUUUUAGCCGGCGGAUUCAUCUACAUUGCAACAGUUUCUGUGAUUCCCGAAAUUCUCGAAGUCAACUUGUCACAUUCGAUGCCAAAACGUGUUCUCUACAGUAUCCUCAACACUGCAUUUUUUGUGGCCGGAAUUGCGAUGAUGUAUCUAGUCGCCAUAUUUGAAUGA